AUGGACAUGUGUGACAAUGCUGCUGCUCUGAGUGAACGUUACCUUGCUGGAGAAGGCUUCCAGGUGCCUAGCCCAAAAAACAUCGACACCACGCUUCAGCUGCCACUAACUCUAGUUAGGCGCGUACCAGUGUCCCCAACAGCAGCUGUAUUUGUGCUGCAAUACCCGCUAGAAUUCGAGGAAGCAUUCAGAUCCCACGUGUUCGCACAUUAUUUGUUCCACGGCAGCCACUUCGAGCCGUCCGUGAAGGGGUGUUGGAACGGCAAAGAGGCCCCCGUGGAGGAAGGAAAUCAUGUAACACGCAAGUAUACGCCGGUGUUUGUCGACGUGGAUCGCCGGGAAGUCCAUUUCCUCAUACGUAUAUAUCGCUGCUGCCCAGAGUAUUCUGACGGUGGGCGGCUGACGCGGUGGCUCGAGAGCGUCGAACCGCAAGGAACGAUACUGCUGAAUCCGUGGUUCACAAAGUACGCGCUUGGGGAAAACGGCCUAAUAGGCCUCGCUAAUGGUGACCCAGUUGAAUACAAGACGCUGAACAUAGUCGCAGGAGGAACGGGAAUAACUCCAUUCGUGCGCUUCCUUAUACACAACAAAGAAGCACGCGUUAAACUCCUCUACUGCAACAAGACGUUGCAGGAAAUUCUCCUUAAGCCGCUCCUAGAUCAGCUGAGACGGCGAGGCAACCUUGAGGUGAGAUAUCUGGUGACUUCCGAGGAGGCUGCCGUCGUUGACAGCUUCAUUCCCACUGAGGAAGACGACAUCGUUUUCGGAAAACUAUCGCGCAAGUAUAUCGAGGGUUUCUUCGAAAGUGAGGACAGCGUCACAGUAUCCUGCGGGCCACCAGGCAUGGUGAUGACGGUUAAGAAAAUCACAUCUGAGUUAGGAUUACGCACGCUAUAG